AUGUCUUCAUUAGAUAAAUCAUUAGACGAUAUUAUUUCCACUUCCAGAAAAUCGAUUAAAUCCAAGAGAUUAAAUCGUGGUGGUAAUGGUAAAGUUGGGAAGAAAAUUGGUGCAUCAAACAAAAAACCAAUUGUUUCUUUCAAGAAAUCAACCCCAGCUGCUCCUAAGAAAUCAACUGCCGUAGAUGUGUCUUAUGCUACUAAAGUUGUUGUUUAUGGAUUGCCAAGAGAUAUUAAAUUAGAUGCUAUUAAGGUAUGUUUGAAUUAA